CCGCUAUCUCGUUAGGGGGAGAGUGGUAUCGAUGAGAUUACGGAUGAGACGUCAUCAUAUCAGCAUGAGUUGUCUUUUUUCCUUCCUAAUUAGCGAGCUGUUAUUUGUGGUGAGGGGGAGCCUAGCAGUUCUGUUGAUGAGGAGUCGAAUAUCGGUGGUCGUUUGGACAGAGUUGAUUUUAAGAUUUAUUCAUGGCAUCAGAAAGAGUAGGCUUCUCUUGUGCCACCACGUCAAUCGUCAUCUCCUAUGCCAGUUCCACACCCAGUUUCCAUUGACUAUACAGAGUUCAUACACUCUAGACAUGUUUAAAGUCCCAGUUCAUCAAGUUGCUGGCCAUCAAGCCAUUGGUGGAAAGCUUGGGCCCCUUGUGGAUGAUGACGGACGAUUCUACAAGCCUCUCCAAAGUGGUGAACGUGGGUCCACUGAAAAAGCCUUCUAUACAUCAUUCUCCUCCAACACUAGCAUUCCAGAGGACAUUCGCAGGUUCUUCCCUGUUUUCCAUGGCACUCAGGUUCUAGAGGCAUCUGAUGGAUCUGGCCCAUGUCCUCACCUUGUUUUGCAAGAUAUUGUCUCAGGUCACCUCAGCCCAUCCAUCAUGGACAUUAAGAUGGGUGCCAACACCUGGCCCCCGCAAUCACCUGAGGACUAUAUAACAAGAUGCUUGGAGAAGGAUAGGGAAACUACAAGCAUCAAUUUGGGUUUCAGGAUAGAGGGGUUCCAUAUAUAUAGAAGUGAAGAGUCAGAUCUCUGGAAGCCUGAGAAACAGUUUAUCAAGAGUUUUUCUGCACAGGAUGUUAGAUUAGUUCUGAAGAAGUUUGUUUCUUCCAAUGCAUCUCCAGAUUUAGAUUUGAACCCGGAUUGCGCUUUCGCGUCGAUUGUUUACGGUGGUUCCACUGGUAUUUUGGCACAACUGCGGGAGCUGAAAGCAUGGUUUGAGGUUCAAACUAUUUACCGUUUCUAUUCUUGUUCAGUCCUUAUGAUGCAUGGAAAGGGGGGCUCGGGCGCAGCUGUCAAAUUGGUUGAUUUUGCACAUGUUGUGGAUGGAGAAGGGGUUAUUGAUCACAACUUUUUAGGUGGACUCUGUUCUUUGAUAGAGUUUAUCUCGAAAGCCACUCAAGAUGAGUACCCAAACAAAACUUGUUUGAAGGACUCUGAGAACAACCGGUCUUCUUCUGAUAAUUGUACCUGUGAAUAAACAGAGCAUGGUGAGUCCUUUUUAACUAUACGCAUUGCAUGCUAGUGCUCUAUUCUGCAUUAUUUGGUGUUUUCCGAACUUAGUUCUUUUUAGAGUUGAAACUUUCUGAGAUUACUGAAAUCGUUGUAAUGAAUUUAAGUUACUUGAAGAUAUUUGAACUCAAUUUGAUUGUCGCCCGUCUGGCUAAGGGAGAGAUUCUUGUUACUAAAAUGAUCUCAAGAUACACAAACAAUAUAUCAAUCUAUCUAUAUAUAAAUCUGUGUACCUUCCUUUAUUAUUCUGUAUCAUCCAACUGCUUGACUAAUUCUGUUUUUUCCA